CCCCAGCAGUCCACCUCUGCACGGCACAGCAGCAGCAUGCGUGUCCGGACCUGAAGGCAGCCUGCACCCUGCCCCACAUGCCCGGGACUCCUUACCCUGACGGAUACGGGACACGUAAAGACACAGAGAUUAUCGACUUUUGCUGGAAUCAAAAGACCAACAGAGGCGAUUAAGUUGUUGUUGUUUUUUUUGGGUGAGAUUUUGUGUUGCCAGGCAAAAGAAAGUCUGAGCAGCCAUGCCAGUUCAUCCCAUAUCCUGCAGAUCCCACACCAGCCGCUUCUGACCGAACCCGAUUUAGCAAACCAAAGAUGUCAGCGUGCAGCGACUUUGCAGAACACGUGUGGAAACCCGGCUCUUGUAAGAACUGCUUCCACCCACUUAGCGCGCACCGGUCCGUCGGCGGCAGCCUGGAUGGCAGCUCGCCAGCAGUCUGUCUGAGGGCCAGCCUGGGAGGCGAUGAAGAAACGGGUGUAACGGUGCCCUCGCCCUACCACCAUACCAAGCCAACCAUUGCCGUCAAACCCACCAUGAUGAACCCUGACGCCAACGACUUGAUGACUGAUGUCAACAGGAACAUAGAGCAGGAGAACACAAAGAGUCCGGGCGAACAUGUGGGCCUAAAGAAGCUCUUGGACCUGUCCUCCCUUUACAUUGACAGUAAUGGCUGCAACAAGGCCCUUAGAGAGGCCGUCCUCCAGAGCCCUGGAACCAAGAUGGACUACAAAAACUGCUUUUCCUCUGGCGCCCUCACCCCCCUGUCCCCCACCACGCCGCCCAAAGACUCUACGAUCAUCAGCACCAUCUUUGUCACCCAGGAGGAGCAACGUGGUUCUCAGAGUUUAAAGGAGAACGCCAAUGGAGAGCACUGCAGGCAGCAGAGCAGUACCACCACCACCACUAGGAGCAUAAAGAGCACUUGUAAUGGGAGUGGAGUGGUGGCUAGCAGGGCACCCUGUCAGGAGGCCCAUCAGGCACCAGUGGAGAUACCUUUGUCUGUGGAUAUUAUUGCUUCCAGUCCCGCCACAGGCCAUAGCAAUGGCAUCAGCACUGGGAAAACUGCUGCUGUUACCACUGAACCGUCCAGCACUUCUCUCACUUCCUCUUCCACAGCUUUGACGUUGGACACCGCUACUCACAAUACCCAGCCGUCCCUCCACUCUCCUCCCUUCCUGUCUGAAACAACCAGUCUGUCAGAUUCCUCUUGUUCUCAUCGUAGUAGCACAGAUUCACUUCCAGGGCCAGAGGGGUCAGGAGGAGUGCAGGUCACCUCGGAGAGCCCCAAAAGCCCAGGAGCCAUGGGUAGCUCGCAGUCUGCACCUCACACUCCUAACGGACCAGCAGACAUAGAACCUAUUUAUGCAGAAAGCACCAAGAAAAAACGCAGGCCACACGGCACAGGGGCACAAUCCCAACCCCAGUCCCAGUCUCAGAGCCCGUCCCAGAGCUCAUCGGUGGGCUCUGAGCUGGAGCUUUCUGGAGAAAGCCAGCGUGCCACGAUAACUGUCGUGGCCGCCCACACGGAGGAGAACAAUCGGACAUUUUACUUGAGCAGCCCUGACUCAGCUGUCAGCACGCAGUGCUUCAGUCCCACAGCCCGCAAAGAGCCCAGCAGUCCAGCUUUCCGCUGGCCCAGCCCCAGUCACAGUGCCCCUUCUCUGGUCACAGAACCCAGCCUUGGUCCCCCUCUUCAGCCCAAGCCUCAGUCCAGCCCACCCAUUCCCCCCAAGAGGAACAUGCGCUCCCCGAAACUGGGCACCUCCAGCCUUUCAUCCUCCACCUCCUCUCCCAUUCCCCUCCCUGACCUUCCCAUGCUGGUCCUCAUCUCCCCGAGAGAGGGGCAGUUUAAGCCCCAUGCAGAGACCCACAGUGCCGCCCCAGAGCGGUGGCACAAGCCUCACCACAACAGUUCUACAUGGAACUGUCGCAUUGAGGAGGAAGAGGAGGAGGAAGAUAGGGAGAAGAAAGAGGGGGAGAAGAAGAAGAAGCAAGCAGCCAACCCGGGGACAACCUCUCGGGUGCCGAGCCUGGUCAAUGGUGCCGCUGUCUGGAAGGAGGCCAGGGAUUGGAAGGCCCACAGCAGCCCCCCUCCGACGACAGAGCCAGGCACGGCCCCCCUGCCUGCCUCCAACAAUGGUGCCUGUCAGGGGGAGACCGAGGGCACCGGUGCAGAGGAGGAGGGCAAACAUAGCGGCAGCAUGCUGGCCAAGCCACCGUUGCUUGCCGGCUCAUCGGAGCUGCUGGCAGGAGGGAAGGGAGUUGCUAACCAUGACCCCAAUCCACCACCGCCCCCGCCUAAGAAGCACCACAGAGUGUGUGGUAAGAUGAGUGGCAGCAACAUGGAGCUGGACCGCUGCAGCCAACAAGGGUCAGUAGAGAGCCUUACCCAGUCUCUGCGGGGCCUGGGCAGUGCCAGCCUACCCACUGCCUCCACUGACAGCCUGACUGCUGACACUGGUUCGCGGGAUGCAACACGGAUGGCUUGUUCCUCUCCAUUUCCCAGAAGUCCGAUGGCCUCAAAUCCCGGGUCUCCUCGCCCAGACCCAUUCAACAGCAGCCAGCCGCCGCCGCUGCCAGAGAAGAAGAUGGUCAAUCGCACCGUGUCUGCUCCUGACAGCACAAAUGGGAAGCCCUUCGUUCGGGCCUACCCUCGCCUUCCGUUUACCGGCUCCGAGAGCAACGUGUGUCGCCCCGGUGACGGAAGCUCCCGGUCCAGUUUACCGUCCAGCCCCGUGGACCAGCGGCCUCUUUUCUCCUCCAAUGAGUCUCUGGAGCACUGCAACACCCCUCUGGGAAGACCCUCGCGCUCGCGGACCCUGGAUGAGUCGCAGAAGGGUCGUGGGCGUCUGGGGGUCCACUGCCGCAGUAGCGUGACCUGCUCCUCGUCCCCCCAGCUGAGCGCGCCCUUCUCAACCUCAGAGCCAUGUCCGGCGCCGAGCUUGGGCUCCAGCCUGCAACUCCAGACCCUGCUAAGUAACAUCGACAGCAGAGAGGGCGUCUACUCCAAGCUCGGAGGCCUGUACGCUGAGUCUCUGCGGCGCCUCGCCCUCAAAUGUGAAGACCACUUCACGCGCUCGCAGAGGAACCCGUUGAGGUUUGAGGAGAGUAACUGGUCUCUGUUCAAGCUCACCUGUAACAAGCCGAGCUGCAACGCAGGAGACGCCGUGUACUAUUCUGCUGCCUGCGCCUCAGACCCCAGCAACUCCUACGCUGUCAAGAUCUGUAAGAGUUCAUCUGUGGAGGCCAAGCAGGGCCAUUUGUACGGGCUGUCAGUGCAGCAGAGUAUGCCUCCACACUUCAACCUCCAGCAGGACUGUGGCCACUUCAUCGCCUGUGUCCCGCAGAGCAUGCUGCCUUCUGAUGAAGUCUCCCUGCCCACCACACCUGCCUCGUCGCUGCCUCAGCCCCCCGCCUCUGUCCCGUGUCAGCAGACAGACAGAGAGAGAGUGGUCGUCAUCACCCGCGAGGUCCCUCAGCAGAGUGCAGCCGACUUUGUGCGGGAGUGGGAGGCGUUUCAUAAGACCCAGCCUGAGGUCUACGAGCGCCGCGUUUGCUUCCUCCUCCUGCAGCUGUGCAACGGCCUGGAGCACCUGAAGGAGCACGGGGUCACACACCGCGACCUCUGCCUGGAAAACCUGCUGCUGGUGCCGCACCGCCGGCCACUGGCGGCCCAAGCCCAACAGCCGCACGCUUCUCAAACCGCCGGCGACACCAACAUCAGCAACGGAUCGGGCGCUUUAGACAUUCAGCGUCACCUCCCCCGGCUCCUCAUCAGCAACUUCGCCAAGGCCAAGCGCCGCUCCUCGGAGGAUGCCGCCUCGGCCAGCGUUGACCCACGUGUCAAACGCGACCACGCCAGAUUGGCACCCGAGAUUGUCUCGGCGGCCCAGUAUCGCAAAUUUGAUGAGUUCCAGACGGGCAUUUUGAUCUAUGAACUCCUCCACCAGCCCAACCCGUUUGAAGUGAGUCCAGCGCUGAAGGAGCAAGACUACCGCUGCGAGGACCUGCCCCCCAUCCCCGCCGUCUCCCUGUAUUCCAGCGGCCUACAGCGGCUGGCCCAGCUCUUGCUCCAGCCCGACCCCAUCAAACGCAUCCACAUCCAGGAGGCCAAGCGGGUGCUGCAGAGCCUGCUCUGGGGCCCCAGGAAGGACCUGAUGGAGCAGCAGUGGGAGAGGCACGGGCCGGGCGGGGGCUUUGCCGAGGGAUCCCGGCACGAGGGCCUUCUCAACUGGCUGGACGUGAAGCGAGCUCUCCUGAUGAUGAAGUUCGCCGAGCGGUCGCUGGAGCCCGAGAGGAACGCCGAGCUGGAGGACUGGCUCUGCUGUCAGUACUUUUCCUCAGCUCACCCCCUGUCUCUCUGCCAUACCGCCGAACUGCUCUACUCACUCAAGUGACGGCGCACCGAGGCGGCUCGAGGAAUCGGAAAUGUGUGUGAGUGGUGCCAAUGUAACGUGUGCAUAAGAGACACCAGUGAAUUUCAAUGUCCAUUCGCUAUGGAGGGGAGCGAUUGUUUCUAUUCUCUUCAUCGUAGGAGGCGGAACUCCUUGAAGAACAGAUAAUGUGAACCUGCCUGCCUGUCUGUCUGUGCUUCUGCUUCGUGCAUGAGAGCCAUGCAUCAACCUCGCUGUCCGCUCCAUACCUGCUUUGACACAUGUAAUAUACUGCUACAGACUGUUAACUGGGCAAAUAAAUGACCUGCUAAAAACUCAGCUGUGGAAUAUAGGUGAUCGUAUUAGGCAGACAUACGGACGUAGUGACAAAGACCUUCACAUGCAAAUAAGAAUCGCAAACGGACAUGCACAAUAUGGAAUCCGAGCAGUAUUGAUAGUUAAAUAGUACACUCGCCAAGCCUUCACGGUCGAGGCUGUGUUGUGUGCAUCUGUCAAAUAUCGGCGAGACAUUUUAUCCACCUGAGAACAAGCUGAAAGUCCACAGUGUACUUCAUUUUUUUUUCUUUUAUGCCAUCCAGCGCAAUGUUUAUAAAAGUGCAGCUAACUUUCAUCUUUAUUAUAACUAAAUAAAAACAUGGAGUUGGGCUUAAACUACCGCAACAUUUCCAUGACCUUUUUUUUUUUUUUUUUUUUUUUUUUUUAUUAUUAUUAACAGGCACAUACAGCAUUAUUGUAUACUGCGUUAACAGAAACUUCGAUUCAUCAGGGAAACCACUUUUAAGUCAACGUUGUCUGCCAACAUCACACUGAUAGGAAGUGUUGCAUAAUAAAUGAACCCUAGUAUAAAUUAAGCAUACGCCCUGCUGUCUAAUUCAACUUAAUAUUUGAUUGGGUUAACAGAAACAAUUGGCAACAUAAGCUAUUGCUACUGCUGUAUGGUCAUGGCUCAAUUUCCCCUUACAGUUCCCGUAAAACCUUUGUUAAUAUUAUUUUAAUGUUAUGGCUGGUGUCACAGUGCCUUUUGUUUUUGUAUAUGUUACAGUGACUUCAAACCCAAAUGUAAAUGUUAAUAUUCCCGCCUCCUUGGUAUAUACAGUAUAUAAAUAUAUAUGAAUGAAUAAUUAUAUUGGUGAAACUGGCCUUUCACUGAAUGUUCUGGAAACGAGACAGAACUUUGUACAGAGAUUUGUAGAUGAUGCGGAGAGAGAAUGAGCCCAAGCAGGUCUUAAAAAGCCAUGGAUAUGAGCAGUAGUACAAUAAAUAUUUAUGAUAUCUAAUCACUUAUUUCCUGUAGUAGUCACUGGAAUGCCUUUUGUUUAUUUUCAUGUCUAGUUUGUCAAAUUUUGUUUUUACUGGAGCAGCAACAGUUAAGCCUGUUGUCUGUCUCCCACAGGCCAUGAUGGCUGCUGAGAGAAAGCUUCAAGUUAGGAGUAUUUUUUUUUUUUUUUUUUUUUUUUCUAUCUCGGUAAAGAUUUUCCUAACAAAGCCCAGAGCUGCAACAACAGUCCACAUGCUGGUGUUUGUCCAUGACUGGUGUUGACAAAGAGGGGGGGGAAAAAAGGUAAUCAUGGUCUGAUCUCACAACUAAUACAUGACUGAUUCAAAUUAUUUUGUGUGAGUCUCACCUAUUUGCAUCUACCAAUAAACUGUGCAUUUAUUUUCUCACUGUA